AUGGAUGGAUGUGAUAUGACCAAUCUCCCCUGUGGCCUCACAGCUGCAGGUCCUGAGUGUGAGCAUGGACCACCUGAUCUUUGUCUGCCUCAAAGUGAGGAAAACGUCUCACUACAGUUGCUUGAAUUCAAAGCGCACCUACUUGAACUGAUAGAGGAGCUGCACAUUCGAAGGGAUGCAGAAGAACGUUUUGAAGAACAGAGAAAUAAGAUUGUGCUGGAGAAGCAGGAGUUGGAAUGGGAAAAGAAAUCUUUACAACAUCAAAUAGAAUCAGAGAAAAAUCACUAUGCAGAAUCACUCUCUAAAGCCAACAAACAGAACAAAUACCAGGUGAACUCCGAGCAGAAAGACAAAGACAUCCAAAACUUAAAGGAGGAGCUGAAGUCUUUGCAGUUAACUAAGUACAACUUGGAGAAGAAAUCAAGUGAACUGGAACAGAAACUCACCUUGCAGAGUCGAUCAAAAGAUAGUCGCCUGAACCAACUUUCAGAUGUGGAGAAAAGAUUUAGUGCUUUGUCAAGGCAGUGUUCUAUGGUGAAACAGGCACAUGGAAAACUUGAACAAAAUGUUGAUGAAGCAAUGAAGCUCAAUAAAAAGCUUAUUUCCACCAAUGAAACACAACUGGUCACGAUUGCCUCUCUUAACAAGGAAGUAGAAGAACUUAGAAGUAAGUUGGUAAAGACCAAGAUGACCUCUGUCAUUUCUGAAAAACGGACUGAUCACCCUUCAAUAAAAGAGCAAACUGUAAAUCAACUCCAGCUUCGGCUCAACAUGGAAUGUGAGAUGAACAGGAAAUAUAAGAAUGAAAACAAAGUUCUGCAAGCAGAAAAACAGGAGGUGUUGACAUCUUUGCAGAUUGCUCAUCAGCUUUUGUCCAAACAGACUCAGACAAUGAGCCGACUGGAGCUGGAUUUAGAGGCCCAAAGAAAGCAGUACCAGAGCCUUGAGCAAGAUCACAAGGCAAUGCGAGAGAAAGAGAAAACAGCGGAAGACCAGAUUAAACAACUAAUGGAGGAGUGCACUGUUUCUAAAAGCAGCUGGGACAAAGAGAAAGCGGAUUUUUUAGAGCAAAUGAAGAAAGAGAAACAAGAACUCACAUCAGUCAAAGAGGCCUUCGAGGAGCUUCGCCAGAAUCACACAGAGCUCUCAUCAAAGGCUGAAGAGCAGGCACAGCUGAUCAGUGAACUCACUAUUAAUGUGAAAGAACUGGACCUUGUUAUCCCAUCCAACAAUACUCAAGAUGGCAUUGACAGUGUAUCAAAGAUUGAUGUGUCCGGAGGGCAUGCAAGACGAGCACAGAGUUCCUCUGCUAGCUCUGGCACGUCGGCUCACAGCGUUCUUUUAACUUCAUCCCAAAUGUCUUCUACUAGCGAUUAUCUCAGUAGUUCUUCCAGCACAAUUUCCAUAUGCCACAAAGGAAAAUACAGCAAAGUUCCCUUGACGAUUACAAGAGCAGCAGACUUGUUGAGCUGCGGCACAACUGCUACUUCUUCUGGAAGUCAUCUGCAGACCGAGUGCAGGGCUCUCGGAGAAGCUCACAUGGACACAACAGCACAAAUGGACAGCAGAGGCUCACCAUCUGACGCCGCCUCAUUAGUGUCUGCUUCCUCGUCCGCACUCAGCAGACCACAGACAAAGAGGACCCUCUCCCCUGAUGCCCGUGGAACCCCGGAGUCUGAGUGGGGUCCCGGCUGCUCACAGGACACCGAAGAGCAGCAGUCCUCCUUCAGGACACAGAUCUCCAAAAUCGAACAGUUUCUGAACACAGAGAGACUGCGACUCCCAAAGAGAAGGAAGACAGAUAACUGA